AUGGAUGUGCCUGGUGAGCUUCUCUGGUUGUUACAAUACUUGACAAUAUGUAAACCAUCAUCUGUUUUGGUGCCAGCCGCUGGGUCGCAGGUGAUAUUGGAUAUUGCUCGGUUGUGCAGCCUCAACGUAGUAUUUGCUCCACCCAGUGACUUCGAUAGCGCCAGGUUGUGGGAUAUCCUCGCCCAACUCUGGGCUAAUGUGAAGAGAGCCGAAUGGUGCGCACGUAUAUGUGUUCAUAAACAUGUAAUGCUUAUGACACUCGCAGCGCUUUUGUUGCAUUUACAGCACUCGCGCCACCCCGUUGCUGACGUUGCCGAGGUGCCUCCGGCCGGUGUUUUGUAUGUUGAUGCGGACACACUGUCUAGUUUACAAAUAAUCCGCACGGAGGCGCACCCUAUGGACUAUCAAGGCAUUGGACAGUCAAAGGAGGGCCUCUCCCUUUUGAGUGUGGUGGACAGGACCAGCGGCCCCCUUGGAGGGGCUUUGUUGCGGCAAUGGUUCGCGCUCCCCUUGCAGAACGAGAGGGAAUUACAGCAGCGGUACAGCGUUGUUGACUUUUUCACAAAUAGGGAUAACCACAGCAUAAUGACUAAUCUUCGACGCUCCCUGAAACGGCUGAGGCAACCGGGCAGUAUCUUCACAAAGAUGCGUGCUUCCAAGCACACAACUGGUGAUUACGAUUCCCUAUUGCGUUCCACCCUUGGACUCUUGCAAAUUGCCUCGCUCCUCUCUACGGAGGCCCACAGGUUUCCUUUAUUCAUGCGCAUCGUCGCGAGUUGCCAAGCCGCGCAGUUGGAGGAGAUGAGCGAUAUAAUCACCAGAUCAAUAUCUUUAACCCGAGAGCCUCGCGACACGCUUGGCAAGACAUACGUCCGAAUUCGCCCCGGCUGUGACCCGGAACUGGAUGAACUUCGAGAGCAUUUUGCCCACCUUGAUGAACUGCUGACGCGCGUGGCUGAGGAGGAAAAACAGGGUCUUCCACCGCACUGGCGACCGGGUACACUACUUUGUGCGUUUGCUCCGCAAUGGGGUCAUGUAAUUGUGCUUCCUCAUUGUCCACCAACGCUGCUGGAAACUGAGUUACCACGGGACUGGGAGUUAGUGCUGCAGACGGAUGAUGGGCCUUUCUUUAAGACGUCUCUAACACGGAGGCUGGAUGAGGAGGUGGGUGAUUUGCGCUCAGCCAUACUGGAUCGGGAAGGUGAAGUGCAACGUCGGGUAGAUCACCGAUUGCUUGAAUUGUCGCCAGCGCUUAUUCCCUUGCAUCUCUGUGCGGAAUUGGACUGCCUAAUAGGUUUUGCACUGUGCGCAUUGGAGGGGCAGUGGAGUCGUCCUGAAAUUGUACCUGAUGCGGGCGUACUUGAAAUUUCUCGAGCGGUGCACCCUAUAUUGGCUCGAAUGUCACAACCGGUGGUUCCGUGCUCCUUGACAAUCCGACGCAGUGCAGACCGUGUGUGUGUGGUCACUGGGGCAAAUGGGAGUGGAAAAUCGGUGUUCAUAACAACGAUAGCCCACACUGUCUUUCUCGCUCAUAUUGGCUCGUACGUACCGUGUGCGCAUGCCGCCAUCGGUUUAAUAGAUACAUUCGUUGCGCUACAUACUCCUUCCGCCUGUAGGGGUAACGAAGAUUUAACCUUUGCGGUAAAGGAGCUGCAUUCCAGUUUUGGUAACGAGCUUGCAUCUAUGAGCCGCAUGCUACAACGCUGUGGCAGCCGCUGCAGAGAGAGCGAUGAAGGGGCGGCCCGGAUGCUUCUAGUGAUUGAUGAAUUUGGAAAAGGAACGCUUUCGGUGGAUGGAGCCGCAUUGCUGGCGGCUUCUCUGCGAACAUUUAUUUCGAUGGGAAACCAGCGCCCGUUAGUGCUAUUAGCGACACAUUAUAUGGAAGCUGUUCAACCAAACAUUGUGCCCAGGGGGGAAAUUAUUCUGAUCGAAAUGUUGACGACACUCCUGGAGAGUAGCCGUAAAAGACCUCGUGACGGGGUAAGGGCGCACUUGGGAGCGGAUAGUACAGAUUUCGUUGGUGGCAGCUAUGAACUUGUGCCCUCUUACAAUGCGGUUCCAGUGCGAAAUGUUGGUGAGGACGGAAAGCUACCGGAUGAUGAAGUUUCCUCUCGGGCACUGCACUUCGCUUUUCAGCACUCUGUGCCUGAAGUGCUUCUUCGAAGAGCCUGGAGCGUGAUGACCAGUGAGUGUGUUUGA